AUGCCGACGAAGCCCGCGCCGCCGCCCGUUUCCGACGGGCACCCCGGCGAGAGACACGCGUUCAGGCGCCGGCACGUCCCGUCGUCGUCGUCGUCGCCGCACGCCUCGUUCGACUCGGAGACGUCGUUCCAGUCGUGCGUCUCGUUCAUCUCGGACGAGCUCCUCGAGACCUCCCAGGUCCCGUCCCCGACGGCGCCCGCGACGCGCGUGGGCAUCGGCGAGAGCGCGUCGCCGAGGACGCCCGAUCGGCGGCCGAUGACGGCGUCGCGGCUGCCGACGCGCCCGGCGCCCCCGGCGCGGGCGCGGUUCGGAGCGCGAGCCGAGGUGCGAUUCAUGACGACGUCCGAGAAAACGGCCGGCGGGUGGACGCUGGUGGCGUCCGCCUCCGGUGGGGGCGUAUCCGCCGCGUUUGAGUCCGACCGCGAUCGACCCUCCGCGCUGCGCGGCGUGGACCUCGUCGCCCUGCGCGACGCCCUCCGGGUCGAGUCGAUGGAGUGCACCGACGGGAAGGUGUCCAUCGCGCGGCUCAACGCGUGCCUCCACAGGAUCGUCCCGCCCGCGUCGCGCGCUUCGGCCGCCACGGUGUCCUCGCUCUUCGCCGCCGUCGACUCUGAAGGCACCGGCGCCGUCGACGUCGCGGACCUGAUCGCCGCCGCCUCGGCGCUGUGCGCGUCGCCGACGGACCCGACGGCGCGUAUGCGCGUCGCCUUCGACGCGUGCUGCGACGACGACGACGUCCAAAGCCAAAGCCAAAGCCAAAGCCAAAGCCAAAGCCAAAGCCAAAGCCAAAGCCAAAGCCAAAGCCAAAGCCAAAGCCAAAGCCAAAGCCAAAGCCAAAGCCAAGACGCGCGACCGCGCGUCCUCUCGAAGCGCCGGCUUCGGACCAUGCUUCGCGGCGCCGUCGUCGCGGCGGCGGCGGCGGUGUUUGCGCACGCGCCCCUCAACCCCGGGUCCGACGAGAACGACGAAAACGUCGACCCGAACGGGGACGCAAACGGGGGCGGCGGGCAAAGCCAAAGCCAAAACCAAAACCAAAACCAAAACCAAAACGUCGUGACGCUGACGUGCGCCGGGGGCGGUCGCGUCGUCGCGCCGAGGCUGACGUCGUCAUCCGGUGCAACGUCGACCGCGUUUCGAACGGCGACGUCGAUCGAAUCGUACGCGGACGCGCUGGUGGACGAUCUGUUCGCCACGCACGACACGGACUGGGUCGGGGCGGUGACGUGGAACGACGCGAGGGAGUACGCGCUCGGGUGCGCGUUUCUCAGGGCGUGGUUCGGGUUGGACCGAAUCAUUCGGUGA